GGGAGGAAAACUUCCUACGCAUCUGGUAACGCGAGCAGUUCCGGCUUCUCACGUUUCCCAGUUUUUGGGACAGCUUGACUAUAUUCCGUCGACGGCGGAUAUGUUGGGUAAAACAAGAGAAGACUUCAUGACGGAGGACAAUGAUCAGAAGGAUGAGAUCUAGGAACGAUGGAAGUUCCGUUCUGGAGCCUUGGAAUCUUCGGACCAAAGCCGUACUUCUUCUGUUCUUGUCUGGGUGGGCUUACGCACAUCAAGAUAAACACUUGCUAGCAUUAUUUAACGAAGGACUUUACUGCUAUGACCAAACUCUGCGGGCUGGUUAUAUGUGGGUGAAGUGA